AUGAAUCCUGAUCUCAAAUCUACCUGUCUUUGUGCACUCAUCCUCGCCGCCGUAAUUAGCCUGACGUCAUCAGAGAUCUUCACCUCCUCCCUGAAGGUGGAGAGGAUGGUGAUGGAGGAGGAGAGCCUGCUGGGAGAGUUCAAACGUUUCAUCGACCAACAGUACGAAAGGCUGAAGACCUUUUCAAAUUUUUAUUCAGAUCGCCUUAGGGACGUCAGGUUCCGGAGUGGACAGGAAGUGCGUCACGAGCUUCAACAUCCCAAUGCUGUGUACAACGUCAUCAAAAGAUUUGCUAACGACUACUCGUCGGUGCUGGGUGAAAACUUUGAGAGUUUCCGUUACGCCGUGAGGAACUCGAUGGAGCAGUUUCUGGCAGACAGGGAGGACAUCCGUGGGGCCAAGAGAUCUCUGCUGCGUCUUCAGGCUGUUUAUAAAAUGAAAGCUUUAGAUAUGGCAAGGGGAGAUUACUUAGGAUUCCAAGGGCCACCAUUAGCGCCAGUUGAUGUUUAUGAAAUCGGACAGACAGCUUUCUCAGAAGGGAAGCUGAACGAGAGUAUUGAGUGGCUGAACGCCUCCAUCACUUUGUACCUGGGCCCGGAGGGUCAAGCUCUACCGUACGGGCCGUCAGUGGCUGCCAUCAAGGCUUUAAUGGCGCGGGUCCAUCUGUUUAAUGGUGACGUUGCCACCGCCGAGGGACUCUAUGAGUACGUCAAAACUUUAGAACCUACCCACGGAGACGUGAUAGAGUUGGAGCGAGAACUGAAGUCACACCCCACAUUUGUUCACCAGUUGCCCCAAGACUAUUUCCAGAACUUCAGCCGCCUCUGUAGUCUUGAGAACCGGCACCACGUACCCGACCCGAACAACCCGAGACUUGUGUGCCGGUACAGAGAGACUCUACUGCCCUACUACAGGUUUAAAGAAGAGAUCCUGUCUGUUGCACCGUUUGCUUCUGUCAUCUACAACGUCAUCAGUGAUGUUGAGAGCGAUCACCUCAAGAGUUUUGUCAAAAACAAGCUUAUACGAGGCAAAGUAGGAGGAGAUCACUCAAUAGUUUCAGAGAUCAGAACAAGCGAUCUGGCCUGGAUUUGGGAUAACGAAUCCAAGAUGGCGACGUCUAUAGCUAAAAGAAUUGAAUGCAUCACUGGCCUCGACACGUCACAGAGGCUACCGUUUGGUCCAUCUUCCGGGGAGGCCUUCCAGGUGGUCAACUAUGGGCUUGGCGGCCACUAUGAGGUGCAUAUGGAUCCGUUCGACAUCCCUCCAACACAGCCAGAACUAAAGGACUCAGGGGAGAGAAUCGCGACGUUUUUAAUUUAUUUAAGUGACGUCCAGAGAGGUGGGUCAACUGUUUUCACACGGGCAGGUAUCGCUGUGGCACCGGUCAAGAACAUGGCCUUGUUGUGGUACAAUUAUGACCCAGCUCAUCAGAGGGACGACAUGACCCAUCACGCUGGUUGUCCAGUUCUCUUUGGUCAGAAAUGGAUUUGCAAUAAAUGGAUCUGGACUUACGGCAACACAUUGAGAAGAAGGUGUGGUCUGACACCUGAAGCCACCCAGCUCGAUAUUGAACCUGACAUCAAGAGAGGCUAUAAAUAGGAAGUUGGUGGUGGACCAUCAAGCGAGUCAGCUGAGGACUGCAGAUGUUCCCUGACAAAGUCUAAAACUGCAGAAUUUUAAAUGUGUCAUACAGAA